AUGCACAGGAAGUUUGUCAAGAUGUCCGUCAGCGACUUCAUGAAGAACUUCCUUCCAGGAGAACCCCCUGAUAUGCCGAAUUUUGAAAGGGCAUUUUCUGGCAUGCCUUCGGAAGGAGCCAUCGAGGCUCACUUUUACGAGCCCUUCAAAGACGCAGUGAACGAUGCAGAUAUGUGUCCGGGCUACAAGGUGGCGAUAACGCAAUACAAACCCGACUUGAACGGCUCUUCUAAGCAGAAGCCCGACGCUGCUCUUUAUCCCGUCGAUGAAGUACCUACGGAUGCCAGGCCAAAUUGGAACACUCAGCGACUUCAUUUUGAAUUCAAGAGGCUCAGCGAACAGCAUGAUCCGUUGAAUGACAAGCCUAAAAGCGAAUUGGAGCCUGACAGUCAGGAGCGGGCGGAUGUGCGAGGCCAGUGCAUAUCGUACGCCGAGAUGCUUCUGGUGCGCCAGCAGCGAGCCUUCUGCUUCACAGUCGCGAUACUUGGUCGCGAGGCGCGGAUAUUUCGCUGGGAUAGGUCGGGUGCCAUCGCGACUGAGAGGUUCAACUACAUCACCGAACCGUAUCUCUGCGAGUUCUUGUGGCGCUUUGCUCAUCUCUCACCAGAAGAACAAGGGGACGAUCCGACAGCAAUAGAAGUUGAGCCGAACUCUGAGGAGGCGCGCUUGAUGCGGGAGAUGGCUAAGCCCGUAGAAGAGAGGUGUGGCCAUGCGCGCAAGUACUUUGCGGAAUCUCUUGAUCCAUCGUGGAAGUGGUGGAAGUUGCUGAUCGACGUCAAAGAAGACACUCCGGGGGCAGACGCCGACCACAAAGUGUUAGGCGAGUAUCUUGUCGGCAAGCCACGCUUCUCGGCAAGAGGCGUAGCUGGACGAGCGACGCGUGGAUACGUUGCUCUGGACUGCAGGACAAAGAUGUUCGUUUGGUUGAAGGACGCAUGGCGGGUGGAUCACGACGGCAUGGAAAAGGAAGGUGACAUUCUCCAUAGGCUCAACGAGCUCAAGAUUCAGAAUGUUCCCACUCUGCUUCAGCAUGGCGAUGUGCUACAGCACGGCGAUAUCCUUCGACAGCGUACUUUGUCACAGGAUCACUGGAAGGCUCCCGCAUCGAGAGCGACUAUGCAGAAUCCACUCAAGUCGCACACUCACUAUCGGCUUGUCGAGAAGGAAGUUUGCCGCCCACUUAGCGACUUCGAUAACAGCAAGCAACUCGUGACGCUUGUCUUUGAUUGUAUCCAAGCUCAUGAACAAGCAAUGAAGAGAGCUCGUCUAACCCAUCGCGACAUCAGCGGAGGUAAUCUGCUGAUAAAUGAAUACGAAUCCGUUGGUCCACGCGGAACACCGUGCACCGUCAGGGAUGGCAUUCUGGGAGACUGGGAGUUAUCAAAGCCGAUCCCUCUUGAAGGCGACACGUCCGAUCAGGGUGCGCGACAGCCUGACCGAACAGGUACAUGGCAGUUCAUGUCGGUCAAUGCGCUGAACGACCCGCGAAGGACGAUCGUGAUCCAAGAUGAACUGGAAUCGUUCUUCCACGUCCUGCUGUACUAUGGAACUCGCUACCUGGCUCACAAUUUCCUCGAUGUCACUGGUUUUCUUUACUUGUUCUUUGAUGCCGAUUUCUGGGACGUCGCAAAUGCAAGAUUCGUUUGCGGACACACCAAGGAUAGGGCUAUGCAUACUGGGCAACCCGCACCCUCUAAAUUCCAUAAUAAUUACACUUCUGGACUGGUUCAAAGGGCAUUACACCACGUCAGUGCCUGGUGA